AUGGUACUCGGUGAUGCUCAGGGUUCCCGAAUAGGCUGUCUGCUCAAGAGCUGGGGCGUCAUCCUCUUCCUGCAGCUGCCUUGGAUCACUGCUCAGGUGGGCAUAGGUAUGGGCUGGGCUCUGCUCUCAGCUUCAGUCACUAUCACCAGCCUGUCUAUCUCAGCCAUUUCCACCAACUGCCAAGUCAAGGCUGGUGAGUCUGUUGCCCGUACUUCUUGCUACCUGGGUGCUGAACUUGGCAGACGAAUAGGGAUCAUCUUUGCUUUUGCCAACAUGGUAGCUGUGGCUAUGCACACAGCAGGCUCUGUAGAGACCCUUUCAGAUCUGCUCUGGGAACAUGGGGUGCAGCUGCCGAACAUGGAUCCCAAAAAUGAGUUUUGGGUGAUGGGUGUGGUGAUUAUGACCAUCCUUGGCACAGCACUGGCCCGUGUGGAGUGGGAACCUAGGGACCAAAUUAUCUCCGUCUUCCUGAUCCUACUUUCUUUCAUCAGUCCUUUGGGGACACUCCUCUCUGCACAUCCCAGCCAACAAGCCACUGGCUUCUUUGGGUCCCAAGGAAGUAUUUUCUUCAAAGAUAUGGUGCCGCAGUGGCGUAGUCCAGAAGGCAGCUUCUCAGGCAUGUUUUCCAUCUUCUUCUCCUCAGCCACUGGGAUACUUCCUGGGACCACUAUCUCUGGCGACCUCAAGGACCCUGCUACUACUAUCCCCAAAGGAACCCUCCUUACCAUCAUGUGGACCACACUCUCUUACCUGGGCAUCUCCGUCACCAUUGGUUCCUGUAUGAUUCGAGAUGCUUCAGGAAAUAUCACUGACAUGGGUGUGCAGAAUAGGAGCUGCCUGGGGCCAGAGUGUCAGUAUGGCUGGGAUUUCAGCAGUUGUCGAGAACAAAGGACCUGCCACUAUGGGCUCUCUAAUUACUACCAGGCGAUGAGCAUAGCUUCUGCUUUCAGCCCCCUGACGUCUGCUGGAAUCCUCAGUGCCACUCUGUCCUCCGCCCUUUCCUGCUUUGUUUCAGCCCCUAAAAUCUUCAGGUUAUGGCUGUGCCAGGAUACCAACCCGGUCAUCAGCUUUCUGGGGAAAGGCUAUGGCAAGAAACAUCCGCAAGGCUAUCUGUUCACCUCCUUCGUGGCUGCAGGCUUCCUCCUCAUUGCUGAUCUGAACACCAUUGCCCCCAUCAUCUCCAACUUUUUACUCUGCUCCUAUGCCUUCGUCAACUUCAGCUGUUUCCACGUUUCCCUUCGUUGGUUGCCUGGCUGGCACCCUUCCUUCCGCUGGUACAGUCCCUGGCUUUCCCUCCUGGGCUCUCUGCUCUGCCUGCUCAUUUUGUUCCUCCUCACUUGGUGGGCAGCACUCAUCGCCAUGUUGCGUACCCUUCUGCUGCUGCUCUAUACGUUCUACAAGAAACUUGACAUGGAUGGGGGCCCUGAGGUCCAGGCGGCCUUCUAUCGCAUGGUGCUGUCCUAUUCAGUGAGCCCAUCCAAUAUACAGGACCACAUCAAGAACUUCAGGCCACAGUGCCUGGUUCUCACUGGUCCCCCCAGCCAGCAUCCAGCCUUGGUGGAUUUUGUGGGGGCCUUCACCAAGAACAUGAGUUUCAUGAUCUGUGGGCAUGUGGUCUCAGAGCCCCAAGCCAUUCAAGAGUCCAAGAAUCAUGUCAAGUGGCUCAAUGUCCGGAAGGUUCAUUCAUUCUAUAUGGUCAUAUCUGUCCCCAGGCUAUGUUCUGGGGCACAGAGCCUCAUGCAGGUGGCAGGUCUGGGCCACCUGAAGCCCAAUCUGCUAGUCUUUGGAUAUAAGGAAAAUUGGCAGGAGGUGCCAAUACCAGCUGUGGAGGACUAUGUUAGCAUUCUACAAGAUGCCUUUGACCACAACUAUGGUGUCUGUCUCUUAAGGAUGCCAGGGGUGUUAAACCUGGCUACCCAACUUCAAACUCAAGUAUCCUUACACUGGCAGCCUCGAACCUUGUUCUGCUCCACAGGCUGGUGGACAGUGGAUGUGUACUGGCUUAGCAGUGAUGGAGGGCUGAUGCUGCUGAUCCCCUUUCUACUGACAUGCAAGAAAAACUGGGCUCGAUGUCCCAUAAGAGUUUUUGUGAGCAGUCCCCCUGAGCAGCUGGAGGAGAAACACACAGAGAUAUGUACCCUCCUCAGAAGGUUCAGGCUUGGCUCCCAGCAUGUGACUCUACUACCUGACCUCACAGGCAAACCUCAGGAAACAAGCCAAAAGGCUUUCAAAGACUUGGUGGCCUUACACCAGUUGCAAAAACCACCCCCAAAGGGAGACUUGGAAUCUACUUCUCUCGGCACUCCUGCUCCUUCAGGCUACAUCUGGGACCUGCAGGCAAACCAAAAGCAGUCGGAGUGGCACAUGUGUCUUCGUGAAGUCCUAUGGCAAUAUUCCCAGGACGCUUCCCUCAUUAACAGUGGCCUACCUAUGAUCCCUCAGUCAGCCUGCCCUGGGGCCUGGCUGGAGAUGCUGUCCAGGGGCCUGACACCCCCCAUUGCCUUCAUCCAUGGGAAUCAACAGGACACACUGCCCCUGUACCACCAGUAAGAGACCGGAGGAGAGGCCCACACCAUAGCACUCAAGGAGCCAUGACCUUGGCUCAACAACCUUGGCAGCUGUCCUUGGGAAGCCUCAGGCAAGAGCCCAAAGCUUCCUAGGGAAGAACUUCCAUUCUGAGUGCACCAGCAAGGUUACAGUGCUAACGAACAUCCUCCAUCUCACUCUAUUACAUUAAUAAAAGCUUACUACCCAAGGCUAAUGUGUAACAAUAUGCUUCCCAUUUAGAAAAUCAACUCCGCAAGCCUUACAGGGGCAGAGAUCAUUCCUGUUCUCAAGUAUUUUCAAGGAGAGGAAUUUGUCUUCUUUCUAUCUCCAUCCCAAACUAUUUCAUCCCAAAGUUUCUGAUUUUAAAAUUCCAUGUUUUAGCACAUGUUCAACCAUUUAUGUAUCUAUCCUUGGUAAAUGAGUGUUUAGCACCACUUUCUACUUAGUAACUCAUCAGAAACUUACUCUUUUCCCAAGCUCAUAUGAUCUCAAUUCUUUUUAUCUUUCAGCUUAUCUCCCCCAUCAGCUUAUUCAUUCAUACAGCAAAUACUAAUUCAAGGUCCACCAUGCACCAGAUCCUAUUCUAAGUACUAGGAAAUGAUAUGGCAAUGAAUGUAACAAGCUAGUGAUCCCCUCCUCUCACAGUUUAUAUUCUAAUAAAAGAUAAUGAACAGAAAUAAA